AUGCAGCGGUGGCCGGUGCUGCUCUUCCUGGCCUGGGUCUGCUUUCUCUUUUUUGCUGGUAUCGGCCUCUUCAUGAGCGGCUUCCUGCUCACCCGGAUCGAGCUCGCCAGCAGCAGUUCCUGCUCAGACCCGCUCGUGCCACCACCCUGGGAGAGGCAGAGCCUCCCACCGGGCUCCUGUUGGGCACCCCAGCGCUUUGCCAAGGCCGUGCUUGUCAUCAUCGAUGCUCUCAGUUUUGAGUUUGCCCACUUUAACCCAGCCAAGGCCAGCCCGCUGCCCUAUGAGAACAAGCUGAGUUUCCUGCAUCGCCUCGCAACCUCCCAACCCCACCAUGCCCGCCUCUACCGCUUCCGAGCCGAUCCCCCCACGGCCACCAUGCAGCGCAUCAAGGGCCUCACCACCGGCUCACUGCCCACUUUCAUUGACGUGGGCAGCAACUUUGCCACGUAUGCAAUCCAAGAGGACAACCUGCUGGCACAGCUGGUGCAGAACGGAAGGAGAGUGGUCUUCAUGGGUGAUGACACUUGGGAAGGACUCUUCCCAAAGAAGUUUUUCCGCUCGUAUUUCUUCCCUUCUUUUAACGUGAAGGACCUUCACACUGUGGAUGAUGGGAUCCUGCAGCAUCUCUAUCCGACUGUGGACAGUGGUGAAUGGGACGUGCUGAUUGCUCACUUCCUCGGCGUGGACCACUGUGGGCACAAACAUGGACCUGACCACCCUGAAAUGGCUAAGAAGCUCACCCAGAUGAAUGAGAUGCUCAGGUCCUUGGUGGAUCACCUGGGGAAUGACACCCUCCUUCUGGUGGCUGGGGACCAUGGCAUGACAGAGACUGGAGACCAUGGCGGCGACAGCGAGAAGGAAGUGAAUGCGGCUCUGUUUGUGUACAGCAAAACACCCCUGUUUGGCACUAGCCCUCCGGAGGAGCCUGAGGCCGUUCCCCAGGUGAACCUGGUGCCCACUGUGGCCCUGCUGCUGGGUGUGCCCAUCCCCUACAGUAACAUUGGGGAGGUGAUGGCUGAGCUGUUCUCCGGGGAUGGUGAUGCUGUGUCUACAGCCUUGCAGCAGCUCUCAGUCUAUCACAUCAACGCCAAACAGGUGGACCGGUUCCUGCACUCCUACUCGCUGGUGGCUCAGGACCUGCCAGCAGAGCAGCUCCAGCGCCUGCAGGAGCUCUUCUCCGGCGCCAUGGAGGAGCACACUCAGCUCUUGGCCCAGGUGCAGGGGGAGACACUGGUGCCUCCAGAGCUGGAGUCCAGGCUCGGAAGCCUCAUCAGUCGCUUCCAGCUCUACCUGCGAGAGGCACGGGCUGUGUGCACCCAGUCCUGGGCACGCUUCCAUCCCCUGCGUAUGGUGGGGGGCUGCACCCUUAUUGCUGCUUCCUGCUUGCUCUGCUAUGUGGCCUCAGAGCUGGCCGCAUCAUCAGGCUCUUUCUAUCGCAGCUGCCUCCUGUACCCACUGCUAUGGGGCCUUGUGGUGGCUGUUCUGCUUGGGCUGGCCCAUGCAUUCACCCAGGAGGGGCUGGAUCUCCUCCUGGUGUUGUCAUGGGCAGCUGCUGCUUCUCAGCUGGGUUUUUUCUGGCACUGGUGGGGCCAGUAUCCCAAGCGAGCCCGUUUGGUGGGCAGUCAGCCACCCUUGGCCACCGUUAGUCUGAGGCAGAGGCUGCGAGCGUGGCUGAGGCUGGCCUUCCCCAUGGGCAUCCUGCUCUUCCGCUGCGGAGCUAUGUUCUCUGAUAGCUUUGUGGUGGCCGAGGCCCGGGUAGCCCCGUUCCUGCUGGCCUCACUGGUGAUGUUGCUAGUAGGGAAGCUCCACUGGGACGGUCGUCUGACUGUGCCAGAAGGCCCCAAGCAGCAGCUCCUUGGCUUUUCUUCUUAUCGGAGAGAGAUCUGGUACCUGCUGUGUCUCGUGGCCAUGCUCCUGGUCUGUGUGCGCCUGUCCGGUUUCUUCCAUCAGUGCCGCGAAGAAAUCCCUCAGUGCCGGCCCUCUCUUUUCCUCUCCCCCCUUGCCAGCCUGAGAAACACACGGGCCAAGAACCUCUUCUACCUCCUGUGCGUGGCCUUGCUGGCCGGGCUGGUCUAUGCAGUGCGGAGCUGGCUGCGACACUAUGGCAACCUGAACAGCUCGGACCCCCUCGUGCUCUUUGUGCGCUGGUGUUUCCCACUGGUGGUCCUCUGCAUUGCCUGCUACUGGGCUGUUGCCUCCAGCGCUGACGACUCUCUCGGCAAGCUGCAGGAGCUGGUGCAGGUGGCAGUUGUUGCCUUUCCAUGGGCUGUUUACGGACUAGCAUCCAUGGGGCUGCUGCUCCUACUGUGCAAUCCCAUGACGGUGUUUGCAAAGGACACACGGGAGUCGGCAGGAUCCAUUGUCACUCCCUACCUGGGGGUUCCCAGCUCUGAAGUCGACUUCCUCCACGUCAUCCCUCAGAUCUACAAGAGGAUGCAGGAGUCUCAGAAGAGCCGCCUGGAGCGGGGCAGCUGCAAGGCCACUGUCGCAGCUUAUGGGCUGGGCAGCGUGUACUCGGCAGCCCUGGUCAUAGCACUCACCCUGCUGGGCUUCCUCUUGAUGCUUCUGCACAGCGAGCGGUUGAGUCUUGCCUUCCUUCUCCUCUUCCUGGAGGCCUUUGUGCUGCUGCACAUCCACACCCGUGCCAAAGGCCUUGCUGGAGAUGCUGAGCCUUUUUCGGUGCCCUGGUAUGCAGUCAUCUCCUGGCUCCUUGCUGCUUCCCAGUUCUUCUAUUCCACAGGCCACCAGCCCAUCUUCCCGGCCAUCCACUGGAAUGCAGCCUUUGUGGGCUUCCACCUUGACCACAGCACGAACCUCCUGCCUGCUGUCCUGGUGGGCGCCAACACGUUUGCCUCCCAUAUCCUCUUUGCAGUCGGCUGCCCUCUGCUCCUGCUUUGGCCCUUUGUGUGUGAGAUGCCCAGCUCGCAGAGGAAGAAGCCCAGGAAGGAGCCCCAGGAGGAGCUGCAGGAGGUGGAGGAGCACAUGAUGGAGAUGAGGCUGCGAGAGUCCCCGGAGAAGUUCUCCACUGCUCUGCUGCAGCUGGGGCUGAAGUACCUCUUUGUCCUUGGGACACAGCUUCUGGCCUGUGUUUGUGCAGCUAUGAUCCUCAGGAGGCACCUCAUGGUCUGGAAGGUCUUUGCCCCAAAGUUCCUCUUUGAGUCACUGGGCUUCAUGGUGAGCAGCAUCUGCCUGCUGCUGGGGAUCUCCCUGGUGAUGCGUGUGGACUGUGCCGUCAGCACCUGGUUCAGCCAGCUUCAGCUCAGGCGGCCCGGUGCUCGGGGCCGGGGCCCGGCGGAGCGGCGGAGCGGGAGGUGCGACAGCAGCGAGACGGCUUCGGGGAGCUGCUGCGGAGGAUAUGGGGGCUGCCGGCUGCCCUCCCCACCCUGCCUCUGGAGCUUACCGUCCUCUACAACUCCCUGCUUUUUACUGUGGGAGCAUCUGACUCUGUCAUCGAAGGAGAAGCAGAAGGAAUACGCCAGGGGCUCCUCAGGGUUCUGGAGGCCUGUGGGGCCAGCGGGCAGGAUCUUAGCACCGAGGAGCUGUGGCAGAAGGUGCUGCAGGAGGUAACUGCAGGAGAGCUGCAGGCACCUUUGCACCGACUGGGGGCCCUGCAAGCAGCAUGGUGGCUGGCAUCCAGCCGCCUGGGAA